AUGUGGAUGCUUUCCUACUCGCUUCAACACUUGGUCUUUUUCGUUCUCUUUUUUCGGUCUUCAAUAAACUGCAGAAGUACUUUAAAACGAGAAUUAAAGAAUCCUGAAACUGUUUUUGGAGGUGUUUUCCUUUUUGAAACCGAUCUACCAACCAAAUCAUAUAGAGUUGAUGAGUCCUUCAAGCAUCAAGUUCCUCUUCAAGACCUUCGAAGUAUACCAGGCACACCGGAUUUAAACACUGAUGGAUUCACUUAUGUGUCCGGAAGGCCCGUAAAAGGGAUCAAAGAUCUGGAAGAACUAUCCGAUGACCACUAUGACGCUUUGGUAGCAGAUUCGAUUGAACUUGUAAAAGAGCUGACCGGUGCAAAAUCAGCAUUCUCGUAUGUAGCUGGAUUUAGAGAUCACACUUCACCGGAAACACCAAAACCAGUUUCAGCAAUUCACUCUGACCUGUCAGCUGAAGGCGCCGAAUUCGCGAAACAGCUAACACAAGCCAUACUUUUGAGUUCAGAGGAUCCAGAGGAGUAUAAAUUUGGGAGGUAUCUCCAGGAGGACGGUAAAAACGUGGUGAUUGUGAAUGUCUGGAGACCGAUUCAUACUGUUCAAGACCAUCAUCUCGGUAUUUGCAAAUGGGAUUCAUCUUUGAAAGAAGAUGCUAUGCGGUGGAGACUCGAACCAAGCAAUUUGGACAAUGCACUUCAGCCAUGGAGGUAUAGAGAAGGUCAAAGUUGGUGGUACUUGAGUGAUAUGAGGCCUGAUGAAGCUUAUGUAUUCAUGCAACACGAUAGCCGGGCAAAAGAAGAUGGUCAUGGAAUCAAUGUACCCCACGCUUCUUUUACUUUCAAAAAGGAUGCCAACAAGCCAUCUACUCGAAUGAGUUUUGAGUCUUCGGUAAUUGCAAUUAUCAAAUCAUCACCAACUCAAGCAACAUCAACAUGA